CAGUAUUCAGUGUGAUCACACACGAAAUUGCCUGCAGGAUCUUGUGAUCGUACGACAACACUUUUUUAUCCCUUGUGAGCGCGCGUCUUUUCAGUGAUUUACACAAAUGACUUGUGCAUGUGGCAAUAAAAUGGAAUUUGUGCAGAGCACCGAAAGGAAGGAAUCAGAAAUAUUUUUCAUUUUCCCCUCGACGAUCGUCCAAUGAUAAUAAUUUGCGCAUACUUUAUUGCACAAUCAAGCACACGGAUCGCGCGCGCUCGUGAUAAAUAGCGGCAGGAGAGAGAAAGAGCCAUCCUGACCACAAGUGUAAUUGAAUUUAUUGUAAUGAGCCUGGAGUGCGCAGAAACUCCGCGGGGGAUCGCAUAGAUCACAACACUGGCGGAUGUGCAACUGCAAAUACAAUGACAAAUAAGGAGUUGUGCGGAAGAUUAAGUGCGUGAGAAAUUGUGCAUAUAGAGACAAUUUAGAACGCAAUUAAAUGUGCAAUUCUGCAAGAUAUUUCACCCAUGAUCAUCAGUAGAAUGGAAUAUUCUAUGCGACUUGUGGUGGAUUCAACGAAAAUUGUCUCAAUACUCUUCUUCACGGAAACCCUAUUGCUGCUCUUGCUUCUACAGCUGGACCUCCCCGAAACGAUCACCGCCCUCAAUUGCCACACUGAAGUGCAAUUUUGACGAUAAGAUCUCUGGAGGUUGCAUCUGAUUCGCGGCAAAUGCCAAGGAAGUCAGCAAUUGUCAGAAAAAUGCGUGGAAAUUUUCACAUUCUCCCUACUAAAUAGAAUUCCAUGCAUAUUUUAUGAAAAUUCAUUCACAAAGACGAGCGAGAGACUAACGCAACAAUUACACAGUUGCAGCAACUAUUCAAUGGUCGUCGUGAUCAUCUCAACGGAUAAAUAUUCAUAAUACAAUUUGUGCUGUGUUUUCAUUCAUAUUUUCCUAAUAUGUUUUCCCGCCACCGCGCAAUUUUAAUAUUUUAAUAAAACAUCUCAGUAAUUGCUCCCAAAGGAGAUUACAAUAAUCAAAUAAGUGAUUGGGUGGGAACAAGCAUCAAUUUGCUGCAAUUUUCCUCACCAACGAUCACUCGCUUACGAUCAGUGCGGCGCGAAACAGUUGCAAAGGUGCAAAUUAUAAGUUUGUGCUAAAACACCACUUUUGACUAUAAAGCUUGGUGCAUAAUUUCAUGUGAGUGUGUUUGAGAAGAAGUGCACGAACAAGAUGAUGUCCCCAAAGCAGUGGUUAGCCAUGCUAACCUUCUACGUGUCCUACCUGUUCUUCGGCGCCAGUGUCUUCUACACCCUGGAGCAGGAUCUCGAGACGGAGCGGCGAAUUCAGGCCCUCCAAGAUCGAAUUGAUGUCAAUGAACUCCUCGUGGAGUACUUAGCACCCUACAAUCGUACGCUACAGCAUGAACUCCUGGAGAAGGUAUCCGUGUACUGCGAGAAACCAGUGACCAAUUACACCGAGGAUAAGUACUUGGAUCCAUACGUGUGGACGUUCUACCACUCCUUCUACUUCGUCUUCACUGUUAUCUCGACAGUUGGUUACGGAAACAUUUCGCCAAACAGCACUUUCGGAAGGAUGUUUAUGAUUUUUUAUGCAAUCAUUGGGCUGCCAAUAAAUGUGAUCACCCUUGCGGCCUUGGGCAAUUUCUUCGGAAAGACCUUCAAUAAACUCCACAAUCGCUACAAAUCGUACAAGGAGUCGACAAACAAGCACUAUGUGGCCAUGAAAUUGAGCUUGAUCGCCCAGGUCAUGCUGUAUCUGAUACCGGGCAUGCUAAUAUUUAUCUUCCUGCCCGCAUGUCUCUUCACCUAUUUCGAGGAUUGGCCGUAUUCCGUGUCCGUGUACUAUGCUUUCGUCACGCUCACGACCAUCGGCUUCGGCGACUACGCGUGCACGUUCCAGCCUUACCAGGAGCGCGUGUUCGGGAUAUACUUCAUCAUGUACGAGGUUUUUGUGAUAUUCUGGUUUGUCUUCGGCCUCGGAUACGUCUUGAUGAUCAUGGGAUUCCUCGUCAAGGCCUACCAGAGUCGCCGGGUGAAGCAACUGGAGCACAAAUUGGCCGUCAGUCUCAAAGAAACGCAGACGCGUGUGUGGCACGGAGUCACGAAAGACAUUGGCUUUCUGCGGAAGAUGCUCAAUGAGCUGCACAUGCUGAACUUUAAGCCAGUUUAUUCAGAGCCAACGGACAAAUUCCUUCAGUUCAAUAUCAAUCGAUCAGAAUCCUGCCCAGAACUCACGAUGUAUCGUCCCGAUUCACCGUCUGUCGUGUUCAGAAAGCGUGCUAUGAGCGAAAGUCAGUAUCCCAGAAUGGAGGAGAUGUUCCACACGCAGAGCACCACAACGCUCAACAGGACGCAAUCAGACACGGAUCUGGCCAAAAUCGACAGAAAGAGAACAUUCGAAGGGGCAAAGAAUGUAUCACAGACAGGCGAGCUUAUAGCACAACUGGUCACAGCUUUGGGCCAUUACAGAGGUCCCGAGGAUGAUCGACAGAGUGUCCUGGAAAUGGGAGGAGGUAUUCAUGGGUUUUCCGACAAUGAGAUUCUCGCCAGUGAACGCACGUGGUCUGGAUGGUCUCUGCCAACAUCUGAGCGCAGCAUCAGCUUGUCUGGACCACCUCAACAUCCUCGAAGAGAGAGAACCGCGUCUGAAGUGGCCGCUCCGAUCUACACCAAGACUUCAGAUGACAAUUACGAGUGGACUUGGAGCAGCAACAGUGAUCCUCGGAUUCUGCGUCAAAGAUCAGGCUCCCGGAAGGAUGAUCUGUACCGAAAAUCCUUCGGGAUUGACAAGAGAAACUUCGAUCUUUCUGUUCAAAUGACUCCGGAUCUUGCGCCGCCGGCCACGAAUAAAUCUCUUCUGGGACGUUUUAAGAACUUCCGCAAGAGAGCCAUGAGUUUCGCCGCCGGCUCAAGCUGGCCUGAAGAUGAUCCUGAAGCAGCCCGCGAUCAGUACACAGUACCUUCUGAAAGGAACACCCAGCUGAGCACUUUCCUCACCUCGACAACUAGUCGUCGUCCAAGCAACUUCACAUCAGCGCUGCCCGGCAAGGAUGCAGAUACGAAUGUUCUGGAGAGAACCACUAUUGCUGACCUCAUCAGAGCUCUAGAGGUGAUGCAUACGAACGCAGCCAUAUCAAAUAUGGGAACACCACCAAGUAAACACAAAUUCGAGAGCGUUCCGCAGCCGAAGAUGCCCUCUCUGCUCACCCUCUUCCCUCGGAAUAUGAGCAUAGAAAGCAAUAAUGACUCGAUCACGUCCGUCCACUCGGACAGACGCCGCGGCUCCCUCCGACCAGCACUGUACAAUCGUCCUUUGCGUCGUCAGUCUGAAGCGAUGAUCUCAGAACUGCGCCCGCCACCUUAUAAUUCCAUAGACUCGCCCCAAGUCAUGAAGCGCCGUUUCAGUGUCCGUCCAUCCGCCCUCAGCAUCCCACCCGGCCAGGCGCCGCCCAUCAGCAGAGCCUCCUCCUCGUCCUCCAUCCACAACGCCCCGGUGGCACGCAAAAUCUCGAUUAGACCCAGUCCUCUGGCACGCCAGCAGUCCACCCAGUCAGAGACCGGUCCCAUUCCGAAGCCAAGUUCCAUCUGGCGCACCGCCGUCACCUCCCGUCUGGGCACGUCGCGGCACGUCAGCCUGACCAGCCUGUCGGAGAGAAAGAAGGGCGAGGGCACUGAUACCAACUAGUCGAAAGCAGCUG